AUGACAACGGAUCACCGUCGGGUGAUCCGUCGACUAAUUCGAAUAAUUUGUGGAAGACGUUUACCACAAACAUGGAAUACAGUACUCGUUUUAUUAUCAAUUCAUAUGUAUUUAACUGUUCCUGUUAUUCGUGCUGCUGGAAUAAAUGAAGAUCGAAGUGGACUUCUUCGACCAUUUCGAGAAAUUCAACAACGUGGAAUUCUUCUUGGUGAAAUUGAUGAUGAUUUAUUAGAUAUUUUCUAUGAAAGAUGUGAUGAAUAA